AGCACUCAUUAAGCAGCAUCACCGCUAUGGGAGAAAAAAAUGAGAUGUUCUAAUUUCUCAAACAGUUUCUAAAAGACUUUUUUUCUGCAAAAUGUUUUACAGAAAGUUCUUUGUGCCGUCGAUUAUUUUUUAAUUCAUGCGACCUAUCGUUGAGUCUUAUAUUUAUCUCAGCACAGUUUAAACAGAUCCGUUAUAGGCCUCCAGAAAAAAGAACAUGCAGGCCAAAAACGAUUCACAAGCUUGGAUUGUAUGUACUUUUAUUUUCAUAUGUUUAUUUUCAUCGUCUUUAAGUAUCCCCUUUGAGUCGACUAGGGUUCCGAAGAACCCGGAUUCAGUUCGAAGGAUACAGAAACAUUUGCGAAAUCGUCAAAAGGAAUCUCAAGAUAGGAUAUUAGAUGAAUCGGACGACGCUGAAACGAGACGUUUAUUGGAUGUGUUUGGCCUUAGGACAAUACCUAGGCCUCCAAGAAAAAGGAUGAAGACACCUCCUUUUAUGUAUCAACUGUACCAACAACUUGAGGGUAUUUCGGAAGGUUUUGCCCCGAAUUUUAAAGAUGGAGCUAAUACAGUGCGGAGCUUCCUUGAAGACGGGAAAUCUUCGUCUGGAAGAAACGAAUUCUCGUUCAACGUAAAUGGUAUUCUACGAAGGGAGUCGGUGCUUUUUGCAGAGUUGCAUCUCUUCAAACAAAGACCUAGGCAAAACAAAAUGCUGGACACAACUACUGAUUUCGGUGAUACAAACGGCAACGUUUCAAUUAGAGUAUACCUUGUUCAAAAUGAUAGAGCAUCAUCAUCAGACAAAAGGAAAUUAUUCAUAACGGAACGAACUGUGAACAUCAGUUACAUUGGUUGGUUGGAUUUUGACGUCACAUCAGCUUUCAGCCAAUUACAUUCAAUGUUCCAAAAUGAAGAAAAUUUGGAAGAAUUAAAUCCUAUUUUUGAAAUUCGCGUUAAAACUGUAAACAAAACUUUGAAGAAACUGAUAUCUUUUACAAAAGUUCCGAAUGAAAACCAUAGUGAACGAACUCCAUUACUGGCGCUGUUUUUAAAUGAUAAAUCUAUAAAAAUCAGAGAUAUCAAACCACCGGAGGCUAGUAGAAAUGUAGAAAAUGAACACUUAGAUGACGAGGAGGAGAACCUCGUACUGAUGCGGAGAAAGAAGAGAGCAUCUACAAAAUCAAAACGAGCCAAUAAUCAGAAGAAAUCAAAAUGUCAACUUUUAGACUUUUAUGUAGAUUUUCAGAAGGUUGGGUGGAGUGAUUGGAUAAUCGCCCCAAAUGGGUACAACGCCAAUUUCUGUGAAGGCAACUGUCCAUUUCCGCUGGAUCCCAAGUUCAACGCAACGAACCACGCAACAGUACAAGCGAUCCUGCACACGCGUGGAUUCUCGCGCAAAGGAUCAACUCUUCCUAACCCAUGCUGUGUACCAGAUAAAUUCGAAAGCAUCCAUGUAUUAUAUUUAGACGAUUACAACAAUGUAGUUCUCAAAGAAUUCGACGCAAUGGUAGCAACAAGUUGUGGGUGCCACUAGAUUACCAGUACCACAAAACUUUGGCGGGAAGCACCGUCAUACCGAAUAUAUACCAUUACUGUACUACACAUUUAGUUUGUAGUUGGUAAUAUAGGUGUAUGUAGACAGUCAUGUUCAGCUCUGAUAGAUUCCAUCGACUGCUGACAGAGUGUGACAUGGCGUAAGGAGCGUGACGAUGUCUUGCUAGGCUGACCUGCGUUUACAUAUAUGUCUGUCAAAAUGUCAGUUUCAGGAGUUCAAAUCACAUUCUGUGCUGACUGAAAAUUUAAAAUCCUGAGCUAUCCGUCCUGUGAUUGGCUGUGCAACGCGUAUUCCAUAUAAUGACGUCAACAACGCACGCGCGCGCUGUGGUCACGACUAAUGUGGUGAACUAAUUGGGGCUGUCGUGUUUAAAUUAUUGUCCGCCAUUUACCUCAGUAAGUGUGUGCUGAAACAGGUUUAAAUUAUUUAAUUACCUCUUUACGUGUGUUGCUAUGAAUGUGUUAAUUGAUUGACACGUCGAUAAAACGUUCAGACAAAAAAGAGGUUUAUAGAAUUUAUGCCGAUUUUUUUUUCUCUGUGUAUUUGAGAGGGAUGUGCUGAUCAAUCCGUAAUUGAGACUUAUUAAGGUCUGUGUUAAAUUCGCAAAUGUAGCUCCACGAUAGAAAAAACGUAAAUUUUAGUGCAGUAGGUCGAUGUGCGGCAAGAGGAAUUGAUCAAAGAUAGGCCAAUGCUAUAGUCUUACUUUAUCGUUCAUGACGUCAUGAGUACCAUAAGUAAAAAUAAUACCUUGAUAGAUAUUCAAGGUGUAGUGCAGAAGCUAGAAAAUUGGUUUUAUAUUAAAUUUUAAACAACAAAACCGCUGCCGAGAAACAUUAGCCUAUAUCAGUGAAGGUGGGUGUAAUUUUUGCAAUUUUAUAAUUAAACUAUAAUUAUAAUCAGUUAUAAUAGUUUAUAAUCGUUUGCCAGCAACAUGGAGAUUAUUUUCUCUAUGUAAAUAUGAUAUGAGAUGAGUGUAGACGAAAUCUAUGCAAAUAUGAUUAUGAUAUAGUAUGGUGAGAUCAGCCGGAAAUAUAGCUGGGCGUGGCUAAUAUAAUUCAACUCUAAAAAUGCAUUGAGCAUGCGCGAUGAUAAAAGUAUUUAUUGUUUGUUGUAAUUAUAGGCCUAUGUGUAUAAUAUUUUAUUGUUAAUUAAGUAGAUCCUGGAUGGGAAAUGUAGCUGUUUGUGCGAGUUAUAGUCACCUCGCACCCACGCCUACCCUAUUUGGACAACUUGCACCAAUGAAAUCUCGUAUGGUUCACAUUAAAAAAUACCAGAUAUUAUGAUGGAUGUAUUCAUUAAAUAUUAAUCUGUAAUCAUAAUAUUAUCACGACUUGUCCAAAAGUUGGUAUGGGUUGCUAGUUGACUGUAUAUUCCAUUGCUGUGCCCAUAUAUGGGCAUGAUGAUAUCAAAUUAUGCCCAAAUAUGGGCAUAUCACACUUUUUGUUACAUAACAUAUCAUAGUGUAGACAGAGUUUUAUGCGAAGUUACAACUAUCUAAAGCAUGUUGUCCAAUUGUGCUACAAGACCUCCGAAGUUGUAAAUUUAAUAUAGUUUUUAAAGAAAUGCUGUCUCCCUUGUCAUAAAGCUUUUUCCAGACUAUCAGAUUUUAAUUUGACAAAAAAACAUGUGACAUGCCUAAAUAUGGUCAUGAUGACAUCACAUCAUGACCAUAUAUAGGCACAUUAUGACUUAUAAGCAUACAACAGUUCUUUGUCAUAGGAAAUUUGAUAGUCUGUAUAGAACUUAAGUAUAUCCAUGUACGAAAUGUAUGUAUCCAUCAAUAAUAAAACAAUAAUGUUAAUAAUUAUAAUAAUAAUUACAGCUAAUUUUAUGUAAAUGAAGUGUUUCAUAUAUAUAGGAAUAUUUUUACACAAAAUUAUGAAAUUGAACUAUGACUUACUGAGUGUGACGUGAACGUCACAUAAUAUAAUUACAGUAGUAACGUAAAACUUUUAACUAUUUAUAAGAUAAAAUAAAAUUACAUUAGGUAUUCGGUUCGCCCUCCAAUUCCAAACUCCUUAAAUUGCAAGACCCCUAUCAUUCGUGACCACUAUGUCAAAGAACAACUAACAAUCUUAUAUAAACAACUUUCUUAUUGGAGAGACUGCACCCCACAUUUUCAGAGCCGAAAGUUGGUCUCGAAUUGUGGGGGGUGGGGGGGGCCCAAUUAUGUGCUAGUAAGGGCAUGCAUAGAUAUUGUACCGUGCGUCUCGCCGAUAGUUGAAAAAUGAUCAGAGGCUGUGUGUCAAGGCCUCGGAAAGGCCUAAAAUUAUAUAACUUAUUUUCUGAUGGUUUCUUUAUCGUGAAACAUUCGAUUGCUGUUUAUAAGUAAAGGUGACCUGCACAUAAGUCAAUCACGUGACGUCAUGAUGCAUCAUACGCCUAGAGCCGAAAGAGGCAUAGCAACAAUGGUGAAAACUGGUUAGCAAAAUGUUAACAGUUACAUUUAUAUUCUCUUUUCUUCCGAUUCUUUUCAAUAAACUUAUAUGCGUAUUAGUUUGACUUUCAUACAAUAAUAGAGAAACGGAAGUUUAACUUUGUAUUAUAUAGUAAUGUAUAGAGAAGGCGUUUUUAUAUAAAAUGGAGAUAGUAGUUUUUAUUCUACAUUUUCUAAUGUUUUUCAACUUUAGAAUCACGUUAGAUGAUCAAAAUAAUUAUUGACAGAAAUUACGAGAAAAAGGUAAUUUCUAAAUUUUAUUUGUGUGUAUGUAGUUAUUUAUUCAUAUGUAUAUAUUGCUUUUUAAAAUAAAACAAGGGUAAUUCUGACAGUUGUCGUAGAUUGCGAGGCACAGACUAUUGGUCGAUCAAAACCACAGUAUUAUUACUUAUACUCGUAUAUUCCAGAUGCAGAUGAAUUAAAGUACAAACAGAAAAAAACAUA